AGGCUGUCUGUCAGCGCUCUCCAGUGGGCGGGGCGCUCGGCGGUACUCUGUCCGUCUGUACGGCCCAGUGUUUCCUCGGCGGCGUCAGCGUUUCGCAGCGCGGCGGCCGGCACCGCGGGUGACAUGGGGCGGCGCGGCGCGGCUCCCUGGGCCCUGGAGGUGGUGAUGUUGGUGGCAUCGGCCUGCCUCGCCGGUGUGUGGGGUGAUGAAUUUAGUGUCUUACGAUCACCUCAGUCAGUGGUUUUUCGAGAUGGAAGUUGGCCAAUCCCUGGCGAGCGGAUCCCAGAUGUAGCUGCAUUAUCCAUGGGCUUUUCUGUUGAAGAUGACCUUUCCUGGCCUGGACUUGCAGUUGGUGAUUUGUUUCACAGACCGCGAGCUACUGUGCUGGUGACAGUGAAAGGAGUAGACAAGCUGACGUUGCCUGUGAAAGGGGUUUCUUACCCUAUUGAGAAUGCUGUUCCUUUCAGUCUUGACAGUGUUGCAAAUGCUAUUCAUACUUUGUUCUCUGAGGAAACUCCUGUAGUCUUGCAGCUGGCCCCCAGUGAGGAAAGAGUGUACAUGGUGGGCAAGGCAAACUCUGUAUUUGAAGAUCUUUCUGUCACACUGCGCCAACUGCGAAACCGCUUAUUCCAGGACAACUCUAUUCUCAGCUCCCUUCCUCUAAACUCCCUCAGCAGAAACAAUGAGGUUGACUUGCUUUUUCUGUCUGAACUACAAGUCCUACAUGAUAUUGCAAGUCUGUUGUCUCGACACAAGCACUUGGCCAAAGAUCACUCACCAGACCUGUAUUCUCUGGAACUGGCUGGCUUGGAAGAGAUUGGAAAACGGUAUGGCGAAGAUUCUCAGCAAUUCAAGGAUGCUUCUCAAAUUCUUGCAGACUCUUUGCAAAAGUUUGCAGAUGAGAUGUAUAAUCUCUAUAGUGGGAAUGCAGUAGUAGAAGCAGUGGCUGUAAAGACAUUUAAUUCUCCCCUCAUGAGGAAGACUCGCUCCAUUCUCCAGUCUUCAGAGAGUGACACAGAAAAUCCAUAUAACCUUGCCUAUCCAUAUAACUACAACUACGCUGUAGUCUUCAACAUUAUUCUGUGGAUGAUGAUAGGUCUUGCCUUAGCUGUAAUAGUAAUCUCCUACAACCUCUGGAAUAUGGAUCCUGGGUACGACAGUAUUAUUUAUAGGAUGACAAACCAGAAGAUAAGAAUGGAUUAAACUACGCUGUAUUCCAGCACAGGGAAAUGAUGAAGAGCUUGUCUGGGACAGGCAUGACAGCUUUCAAAGUUCUUCCAGCCAAUGCACUGUUGUUGCAACGCACAGUCAAGGAAGCCCAAACCAGGUCUGAAAUAUCUAAAUGUUAUAUUCAGAUCUAAAAAGAAGGAAGUGGAAAUGAAGAGACAGCUUCGAAACACAAGUGUUGAGUAACCUUGCAUGUGACUGCUGGGAUUUAUACAUUGCCUUCCAGUAAAAAUGGAGGCAACAAGUCUUCUGUCUAGUGUGAGAAGAUUAACGUCCAGCUUAAAAAAAACAAUGACAAACAUUUGAAUCCUGUUAUUGACACUGCUUUAUAACUCAAAGCACCUACUUCCCAUUAGCCAAAAUUCACAAGUGUUUUCUUGAAAAUGGGAUUUCUUGAUUGAGGAGGAGUUGGUAACUGUCUUCCUGCAUCUUUGAGUUUCUCUUCUGCAGGCCAUGAACUAUAUCCUUAAGUAUUUUCAUCUUUGCAAGGACUAGGGGCAAAAAAAAAAAAAAAAAAAAAAAAAAACCCAACCCAAAACAAAGACCCCCCCCCCCACACACACACACACAACCUACACAACUAUUGCGGGACAGAAAAGCGGGUAAAACAAGGAAGACUGAAGUGGAGCUACAGGCUUUCAAAUGGGGCAAAACAAAAAAAGCAAAAACAAAUUGGGAGCCCAGAAGUUUAUUCCCUGCCCUGCUCUGCCAAUAAUGCAAGGUGUUUCUAUGGAGAAACUACACUUACUUGCAACUGUAAAGGGCUUUUGCAGCACACAGAGCAAAGGCUGGAAGAGAAACGAAUGAAAACUAGCCUAGGUACGCAGACCCUUUAUCCGUCCAGGAGCAGGGCUCGUAUGCUGCCUGUUGCUGGAUCUCAGCAUGAAUACAUCAACAAUCCCCUUCACUGCAGAGCUAGCACCGAUGGCAGCCCUGUGGCCUCCAGAGCUUCUCCAGGGGCUGUGUGCAGCCACAGACCAUAGCUGGUCUCUGAACUGGGACCCACUCCUGGGCAAGUCUUUGAGCUGGCUGUGAAUGAAUAUGCUCUGCUGUUGCAUCCUUCAACUCAUGGUUUUUUGGGGGGAGGAAAAGUCUCAUAGUCAGUGGAGCCCUAUCGGAUAUUAUGACAAUUCCCAUAAUUCUUAGGGAACUGGGCCGUGGCACAGUACAGCAGCUAUGAAAGAGAUUGCCGUGCUACUCUUUCCACUCAGACUUGCAUGAUGUGCAUUCUGCCUGAUAAAUGAUGAGGUAUGGGAUGCAGAGAGCCCAGGUGACAACUUUCCUGCCAAAUAAACAGAGCAGAAACUGACUGAUGGCAUGAAGCUGCACAUCCAAAUAACCUUUCAGCAGACCUGGCCCCUGCCUAUCAUAGACAGUUGCUAGCUGUAUCAAUUGAUUUUUUUCCAGCAGUUCAGAUUGGAGAGUGCUGGACUGGAUGAUCUAAAACCAGGAGCAGACCAGCAGAGCUUGGGGAUUGUAAAGAGUUUGUUAGAUGUAUCUAUACACACACACACACACACACACGGAAUUCUUUUCUAGAAUAGGUCAAGAAGGCACACUGAACUGCAUCUAUAUUCGCAGUGGUUGAGGACAGCUUUUAGGAUAUAAAGCCUCUCCUUAAACAUCAACUUACCUUACCAGAGUACACUCAGAGUUUAAAGAGAGAGACUCUUCUGUUGCUGAAGGAAGUUCCACAGUAAAGAUCUGUGGCAAUCAAAUUUAGUAAUGCCAUUAAUGUCACUCAACAUCAUCAAAAAUACAUAGCUAAAUUCUUGGCAUGAAUACGCACCACAAAAUAGCUUAGAAUGCUUCAUAAGGAAAUAAAAUUCAUGGCAGCACCAAAUGCUUUUACAAAGGCAGUCAAAUUUACUUUAAUUAUGCUCCUGUGCAUGAAUUUAUGAUGAUGAAUUUACAUGCCCUUAACCAAGUGAGCAUAUGCGUUACUUCGGGCAAUGGGGAUAUGAAUUUAUGUUGGCUAUACUGAUUCUAAUAAUUUAAUUGGUGUCUUAUAGCCAACACUCAGUAAGAAAAUACACUUACAUUAGAAACAGAAUCCGCUCCUGCUCCUAACAUUUGGGUUUUUUUUUUUUCCUCCUGUAUAUCUUUCUUUUCCAGUAUCUUUCUUUUCUCUCCUCACACCCAGUCAUAUAACUGACACCAAAACAAACAUUUAUUCAUCGCCAUCAGUGAGUUUUGAAGCAAGUCCCCAGAGAUUUUUUUUUAAGCAAAAUUGGGGAAGUUCAUGCCUUUCCAAGCUGUUGUUUCAGGCUCUCAGUCUCUAAAAAGCGUUAUGAUGGGCUAUACUGCUCAUGUCUGGAUGCCUCUCAUAAUCACAACGGGUGGAGGGCUUUUUGGUAGUAAGUAAAAAUUUUCUGUAGAAUGCGAAUGUAGCGUUCUGCUAGAAAAUCUGCUAGAUCUGAGGUGAGGACAUGCAAAGUAUAUUCUCCUUGGUUUCUCCACUAAGUAUAAUAAUAAAUGGGAUAUCAGAAGAAAUCAGAACCUUUUACAAUACAAAUGCCCAAUUAUUGUAUCAGGGUUUUUUCCUCAUUAUAUGCAAUCAUUUCUUAGGUUUCCAUUCCAUUUAAGUGUCUCAUUACUGAGAAUUAAUAAACACCUUGAUUGGUGCGCUGGCAAAAUUUGUUUUGCAACUGUUUUGUAUUGCUUUAAAAGAAGGAUUCCAGAUAAAUUAUAUGUUUCAUAAAGAGGUCACUGACUUUUGAAAGAUUUCAAUGCUGCCUACCUACUUACUUUAUUGGCCUUUCUUUUUAAGUAUUCAUUAAAACACCAUAGUCAAAAUAACUAGGGAAUUGAUUAAAAAAAAGGAAAAAGAAAAGAAAAAGUCUGUUGCAAUACCCACAUAAUCAAUUACAGCAUUUGGAACAUAGCAGAGCUAAAAGGGAAUUCUAACUACAUCCUGCAGUAGGUCAUCAAUCAAAAUCCUGACUAAUGUGCAGCAUCAGCAUGGAAAUGAAAAACCCUUUCAGUCAUCAGACAGCUCUCAGCUCCUAAGAAUCUAUUUCUGUCACUCUUGGUCUCUGCUGCAGUGAAAAGGAAAAAAAAAAGAAAAAAAGAAAAAAAACAGUUGUACCAAUUAUUUUCAAUCUCAAAUGCUUUAACAAAUUGACAGAGCUGAAAGGAGGAUGCUGGAUUCCACUGCCAUUGCUUGCCAGAGCUAAGCUACCCCCUCUGUCGCUACUGAAGUGAGAGCCAGGCCGGGCCCUCUCCUUGAAGGGAGCACUUCUAAGUGUUGCAGCCAGUCCUCAGAAAAGCAUAAGAUUUCCCACAGGUGAAUUAUAAUCCAAGCCAUAUUAGUGAAUGUGCAGCUCUAGCCUCUGGAAAUCUUCAGGGAGGUGAGACCUAGGUUAUUAUACAUAUCCUUAGGAGCAGGGAGGCCCUGUUUCAUGCCUGAAUGUGAUCUUUUUUUCCAAGGAAGUCUAGUAACACCCAAGUGGUCAAGGUAGCUGUGGGUAAUCUGAAAGAAAAAAGUACUAGAGAAAGGAAGUAUGAUCAGCUCUCAGUCACGUGGAGAAAUGGAUGGACUGAGGAGUCAUAACUGGGAAAAGCAAAAACUAAGAUGAACGAUACAUACAAAUUGG